CCAACCAAAGCUGAAAGAACAGUCACCACUCACCAGUAAUUAGUAUCUUCAUAAUGGAUCAUAGUAACACAACAACAACACCAACACCAACAACCCCGUCGCCGGAGAUGGAACUACCGGGAUUCCGGUUCCACCCCACGGAAGAAGAGCUCCUAGACUUCUAUCUCAAGAACGUAGUUUUCGGGAAGAAAUUACCUUUCGAUAUUAUCGGCUUCCUCAACAUCUAUCAUCACGACCCAUGGGACUUGCCUGGGCUGGCGAAGAUUGGGGAGAGAGAGUGGUACUUCUUCGUGCCGAGAGACAGAAAGCACGGCAACGGUGGACGGCCAAACCGCACCACAGAGAAUGGGUUUUGGAAGGCAACUGGUUCUGAUCGUCACAUCCGUAGCUUAUUCAACCCAAAAAGGCUCAUCGGUCUCCGGAAGACCCUUGUCUUCUACAAAGGCAGAGCUCCUCGUGGUUUCAAGACCGAUUGGGUCAUGAACGAGUAUCGCAUGCCCGAUUCCUCCUCCUCCUCCUCCUUACUCAAGGAAGACAUAGUACUGUGCAAGAUCUAUAGGAAGGCAACUUCCUUGAAAGUCCUGGAGCAGAGGGCAGCCAUGGAAGAAGAUACUAUGACGCAACAACAACCCUGUGAGGCAUCUUCAUGGACGACAAUGGAUGCCGAGGUCUCAAUGUUGGAGCAACAGGAAAGCUUCACCACGCAAAUCUCUGCACAGGGCAUUCAAUUGAAGACAGAAGAAGAGGAGGUAGAGGAAGAAGUGCUGCAUAAUGAUGUUGAUCAUGAAAAGAAGAAUAACAAAGAAGAAGAAGGAGAAGCGAAUGAAAAGCAAGACGGGUACAUCGGAAUCAAACUAGCCAAGGAAUUGCCGGAACUCCAAUUGCCCAAACCCAGUUUCGAUUGGACACAGGACCCAUUCUGGACCCAACUUCGCAGCCCAUGGCUAGAUAACUGGGUCCUUACUCCUAUGUACUGACCUGUAGAUAUCUCUCAACUCUCAACUCAAAGAAGUGUGCAUCUGGGCCUAGAAAUUAAUGAGUUAUUAAAAUAAAACGAAGGUGUACUCCCAUGAGCUAGUUCUGAGCCCAAGCCAUAACCAGGCCAAUCAGACUCUGUGCAUGAAACUGGGUAAGGCCGUAGCCCGUAAGGAUGUUUUCUGGUGAGUCAACGUUGGGCCUUGAGAGGCUCCAAGCCACUGUUGUAAGGUUCAACAGUAGUGCUGUUUUGCGUUUAUUUCUUGUAUCCUGUUCUUAUCAAUCGUAUUGGAACUGUUUUUUUUUU